AUGGGUGUGUUUGCUUUCACAAAUGAAUACGCUUCCCCAAUUCCUCCGGCACGGUUGUUCAAGGCCCUAGUUUUGGACUCACAUAACCUAAUUCCCAAACUCAUGCCUCAAGCUAUCAAGAGCAUUGACAUCAUCCAAGGCGACGGAGGGGCUGGAUCUAUCAAGCAGAUCAACUUCAUUGAAGCUAGUCAGCUCAAAAGCCUGAAGAAUCGCGUGGAUGAGCUAAACGAGGAGACAUUCACGUAUAAGUAUACUGUGAUCGAUCUCAAGGAGAAGUUCGAAUCUAUUGCUUAUGAAGUCAAAUUUGAGCCAACACCGGAAGGUGGGAGCAAGAACAAGAUGACGAGCACGUAUUACACAGAAGGCGAUGUCGAGCUCAAAGAAGAGGACGUUAAGGCAGGCAAAGAGAGAGCCUUGGGAAUGUACAAGGUUGCCGAAGCUUACCUCCUCCAAAACCCCUCCGCUUAUGCUUGA